AUGUUGAGGGUGCUGGCGUCUGGGUCCUUUAUGAUGCAGCGGGUGCCCCCGUCUCACCCCGGGUGCCUCCCGUCUCCCGCCUCCUCCUGGCAACCUGGUGCGCGGCUCCGGACCUGGCGACCCACGACCGGCUGGUCACUUGCUGCCGCCUCGCAAAGGCGCAUCUCUAGUUCAGUGGUGAGCUGCGGCCGGGUCGCUGCAACUCGCUCCAGGACUCGGGAUUCGGUGUCCCUCACGGAGCCCUCAGUGUGUCGCCUGCAGGCUCUUUUUUUGAAGAAAGCAGGGAGGGAAUGGCCUUGUGAGAGACUCCAGGAGCAAAGAGCGACCCUCAAAAGGCCCAAGUCCUUCCAGAGCUCAGGGAAAGUGUCGCUUCUGGCCGAAGAAAGGAGAGAAAGCUCCCUCCCGUGUGUCCCUGGUGGUCUAGUGGCUAGGAUUCGGCGCUUUCACCGCCGCGGCCCGGGUUCGAUUCCCGGUCAGGGAAUUGUUUUGCACUGGCCGCCCUCCCGCAGGAAUCUUCCUUCACUAGGCUGUCAGCGGGCCUGCUCCAAGGGCCAGAGGCAGAACAGUCUCCGCAGCGAGGGGCAAAGCCGGGCGAAGGAGGGCAAGUCCUGGUGGACCACCUCUCACGACACACCGCUCCUGUUUAUCUCCGUGUCCCUCAUCCGCGGAAGCGGCUUUAGAGAGCGACUGAGCGUCUCGCUCAGGUGUACACAGCCGUGCAGAGAUGCCAGCCCCCGUGGAGCUGCACCCAAUGAGCUCACCCUCUUUCCGUCGCCACUUCGGAGGCGCCUAUCGGGCUGAGCUGCGAAUAACUAAGAGAGAGGCCAAGCCAAGUCAUGGCGUUUGUGCCAGCCCCGGACACGGGCACCGGCCAGUCAGCGGAGCCUCCUCCCCUCCGUUGGCAGCUAACGCGCUCGUUAGGCCUUCGGAAGAGGCGACCGGAGGCGAUGCCAGCGAAUUUGCUAGGGGGUGAGCGGCGGGUGAGGUCCUCGAGGGCGGUCCCGUUUGCUGAUUGAGCGGUAGAGGGAGGCGAUGUUCGCUGACCCAACAAGGACAGCAGGUGGAGCAGGCACAGAUGGAAAACUGCUGCCGGCGCCCUAAGCAGAAGGCAGGUGUAAAAAUCAGCACUAAGACGUCGAAGCGAUGGUACCACAGUGAAAUCCCACGAUGUCUACACUCUACCGAGCACUUGCGCACGCUCCCCCUUUUCCAUUCAGUUCUCCCAAGAGGGGUUCAAAGAACCCCGAGUCCACUAUCUGCACAAGGAAAGACAUGGCUGUAUCAAUGCAGAUUCCCUACAGAUGCAAAUCUCCUCGACAAAAGACAACUUUGCAAGGCUACCUCUGCAGCUGGCUUUCUGAAGAGACAUCUCAAAAUAUGUCAAAGACGUGUAUUUUGGGGUAAAAUAUUUUUAAUUCCUUCACAUCUACAGCCUGAUGCACCUGCCGUUUCAAUGCACCAUUGUUGGUGGCAACUCCAUUCUUCCCUACACUCAAGCCAAAAAACCAGGUUCUCCUUGAGGCUAGUCUUUUUCUCACAGCACACAUCCAAUUUGUCAGAAAACUUAUGUUUCCUGUUUGGUUAAUUACAGAUUUUGAUCUGCCC